GCCGCCGCUAUAUCUGCCCGACUGACCGUGUGUGUGUGCGGCGUGUGUGUGUGUGUAAGAGAGGCAUUUGGGCACCUUUUGCCGCACGACCAGACCAGACACGGACGAACGAUCAAUGGCCAACGGUCCGCGGUCGAUGGUACACGUGUGUCGCACUCCUGCCGCGGUCCAGCCGAUGUGAUCCCGAGUCCGCCGCGUACGAUUUGGUACCCCCGUACACCAAGCGCCAGAUACACCGACCCACCCCCCAAUUAAACCGUCGACCGUCGACGUCGCGUGUGUGUGACAAGUGCUGCAUGAACUUGAGUGUGAACGUGAACCGGUGCACAACCCUGGAUCAUCCUGGAGGAUUCGCACCCUCGCCCUGGGCGGCCGCUGUCUUGGGGCACCAUCACACGGCGGCGGCUGCGGCUGUGGCGGCCGCAGCGUCGACGAUGAUCCAAACGGGUGAUCAUCACUCGUACGGGCCGCCGCACCACCCCGGUGCGCCCAUGGACUUGCACAUGUCGCAGGCCUUUCCCUAUUAUAGAUAUAGAGACGAUGCGUUGUGUUGGGCUGACAGGAAACCAUCUGUUGAUGAUGUUGCCAGCCCAUCGUCCGUCAAUGCACGAUCAUCUCCAAGUUGGGAUUGCAGUAUAUUGGAACUCAGGAAGGAGAAAAGCAGGGAUGCGGCGCGUUCGCGUCGAGGGAAGGAGAAUUUCGAGUUUUAUGAAUUAGCUAAGAUGUUGCCUUUGCCAGCCGCUAUUACCUCUCAAUUAGAUAAAGCUAGUAUUAUAAGAUUAACGAUAUCUUAUCUGAAGCUAAGGGACUUCUCCGGGCAUGGCGAGCCUCCAUGGAAUCGGGAUGGACCUCCACCAAACAAAGGACUUAAAGCAGGAAGGUCUAGAUCAUUAGCCACAGACAUAUUCGAGCAGCAUCAGGGCACUCACAUAUUACAGUCCCUUGAUGGCUUUGCUUUGGCGAUAGCUGCUGACGGCAGAUUCCUUUACAUUUCUGAGACUGUUUCGAUAUAUUUAGGACUUUCACAGGUUGAAAUGACAGGGAGUAGUAUAUUCGAUUACAUCCAUCACAACGAUCAUCAAGAAAUAGCAGAACAUUUAGGUUUAGGUUUAUCACAAGGUCAAAAUUUAGCCUCCCCAGGAAGCGGCUCCGAAGAGAGCACCUCGACGGCCGGCACGAACAAUCCUGACGUUUCCACAACGAUGUCUUUAGGAAAUAACCCACCCUACAAAGGUUUAGAUCGAGCGUUCUGCGUUAGAAUGAAGUCUACCUUAACCAAAAGGGGUUGCCACUUCAAAUCCUCAGGAUAUAGAGUAAGACCGACCAUUCCUCCUCCAAAAACCCAUCUAAAACCCAACGUUUCUUUACAGGUCGUACUAAUGUUGUGCAGACUUCGGCCGCAAUAUACUUUCUCACAUUCGAGGAAAACCCACCCACCGUUGUUGGGGAUGGUGGCCUUAGCAAUUGCUCUGCCUCCACCAAGUGUUCAUGAGAUACGGUUAGAGUCGGACAUGUUUGUUACUAGGAUUAAUUUUGACUUUAGAAUAGCCCACUGCGAGCCUAAGGUUCUAGAUUUGUUAGAUUAUACACCGGAAGAAUUAACUGGCAGGAAUUUGUACUCGUUAUGCCACGGAGAAGAUGCCAACAAGCUCAGGAAAUGUCACAUCGAUCUUAUCAACAAAGGACAAGUGUUGACCCAUUACUACAGGUUCAUGAACAAAGGAGGUGGUUACACCUGGGUGCAGACCUGCGCCACCGUUGUCUGCAAUACCAAAAACGCCGACGAACAAAACAUAAUAUGUGUAAACUAUGUGAUCAGUGGGCAAGAAUUCGAGAACUUGGUGAUGGACUGCUGCCAAAUGGAGGAGAACAACCACUUGGUGAAACGCGAGGAAGCCAGCAGUAACGAUCCAGAAAACGGAUCUCCAGAUGCGGAUCGAGGAGAUGACCGGAACAGCGGAGGUCCGCCAAACCCACCCCAAGACUCGUCCCAGGACCUGGAGGACGCCGCCUGCAGCGGCAACAGCAGCCAGCAAACCGACGGCGGAGCUCCUAAGGAAAACGGUGGCGAUCUACGAACCAGACGCUUCGACAACAACCCACCCGUGGCCCAACUGACCAACAAUAUCGAACAACGGAAACACAUGUCUGUGCGAAGGCCCUCCAAAAGGAAGAACACGUCGUCGGAUGAAAACGAAGACGACGACCACACACCGCCACCCCAUCGCACGUCGGUCAGUCAAAUGAGUCCUGCUUCUUCGUGCCAUUCCACCGGAGGCGUUGCCCUGCACACGAGCACGGACUCCACAGGUACGUCCAGCCCGAAGAAGGCAGACGAAACAAGUGGGACGAGUGUCAAGGAUUUGGAGAACGCAAUGUCGAAGCACCUGCCGACGACGUGUAAAUCACCAGUGUUGGGUCAAAGUCAGAACCACCAGCCCACAGACUUUAGUACUGAUGCUCUGUUGAAACAACAGCAAAGGACUACUAUUCAGUGGAUCGGUGCACACCACCAACAGCAAGGGCCCUUGCCUGCGUCCGCGCUUUUACGCCAAUUGUACGCCAACAGGGAGAGCGUCAUACGAGCAAACGUGCACGGUAUCACUAGUGCCUCAAGCAGAACUCCCACCACCUCCAGCGGAUACUAUACCUCCAGCGGAGACACCCAAGUCGGUGUUGGACCUCUGCCAACACCCCCAGGCAGUGAGGGCUCGUCCACCUACAGCGAACACCAAUUCCUCCUCUCCCAACACCAGAAUUAUCCCACCACAUACUCGAUGGACUAUCACACAGCCAUGACGCCACCUUCCAGCGUGUCGCCACGCGACAAACACCAGCAGUUCCAUGGUGCAGUCACAUUCGACUCGCCAGUGCCAUAUCAGGACGUUCUCAGGCAUCAGUACCCGGACAGUCCGCUUCCGUUAAAACCCCAGGUGUACUCCUACGUAGAUCAGCCUCAGUUCUAUCACCAUGCUGGGGCGGCCGCUGCCGCUGCGGCCGGAGCAGGUUUCCAUUUAUAUCAUACGGCGAAGAACACGCCUUCAGCCCCCUCCAAUUGGUAUACAUCGUCAUAGUUUUUCUUUGUUUUGUAGAAAUGAUUAAGGUUUAUGUAAAAGACUGACUAUCUUAGAGGUGGUUGUGCUACACCGAAGGUUGUGGGUUAAGAUGGUUUACAAGGAGGUGUAGUGCAAGUAGCUCUGGGACAGUUUAUUUGCUGGGAGAUCGUUUGAGAAUCGUUCACAGAUUGCCUGUCUUAUCUUUGGUGUUAUUUUGGUCAUGAAGUGGAAGCUGUGAAUGAUUUGGAAUGGUCUUCGAAAUGGUUGGAUUGUUACUUAAAUACCAAAUCGAAAAUUUUAGUUAGUUAUUAAAUUGUUCAAUCAAAAAACUGUAGUGGCCAAGUUAUGUCAUAGUAUUUGUCUAACUAUUUUUAAACCAAAGAGAAUAAUGAAAAAUAACUGUUUUCAAGAUCCAUAGACAAACGCUAAGCCAAUUGUAUAUGAGUUAGGUAUGCGUACAUUGUUUUAUUUCUAAGUUGUACAUAUGUUAUUUUACAUUAUUUAACGUCAGUUUAUGUUAUUAUUUCUAUAUUAGUUAUGGUGGACUUAAAUGGAGCUUAGGAAAGUAACAAAAAAAUUAUAUAUAUCGUUAACUCCAACAUAACGAAAUUACUGUAAUAUAUAUACAUAUAGUUAAAGAAAAUUGCUGAUAGAAUAGUACUAAAAAUUACAUGUACAUACACUGUCUACCCAAAAGCCGUGUUUUUGCAUACUGCUACUGAUUUCAAAUUCAAAUAUUAGUAACACGAGUAGAUUUGUAUAUAUAAAACAGUGUGUUCUGGAAAGUAGUGAAAAUUUAAAUCAACCAAAUACAAUUUUAUCCUCGGUUUUCACCUUUCUUGUUAGCAUACUGCUGUGUGCCAAAAUGUCAACGAAAUCACCUCUACUUGAUUUAAAUCUAAUAUCAAAAACCAGCCAUUUUUUUUAGAAGUUUAACGUGAAGUGAAUCCGCAGUUCGGUGUGUAUUAAGUCAAGUGGAUGUGUGACUGGAUUUUGUUUUUUGAUCAAAAUUGUGGCAAUAUUGAUGAUGUAAUUUCAGUUUUUGUGUUUUUGAAUUGAUGUGAUCAUAGAAUACCACAAACAUAAAAGGUGCUGACUUUAUAGGGAAUGUGAUAUUCUGUUUAAUUUGUUAAUUUACUCAUUCCAAAUGUUAGGAUUACUUAUGUUUUGUUGUCUUAUGCUGUUUAGUACAAAUUUAAUAUGCGGAAUAUACUCGCUUAACUGAUAUGUAGCAUACAUAUUGAUGUGCAAUAUAUACUUAAUCCAGUUUUUUUAACUUUUUUUACUGUAGCCUCAAAGAAGACAAACUCCGAACGAAAGUGGGAGGUUUAUUUUUGUUGGCAAUUUAUUGUCGGAUUAAGAGUUAUAACGAAUACAGUCAGUGCUGUAUGAUUUUCAUUAUAUAUUUUUUUUUCGUUAAAUGAGAAUAUUGUAGAUUUGUAUAAUAAACAAACUUAAUGUAAAAUUUUAAAUGAUACGCUAAGGUAUUAUAUUUAAAUUUUUUAAAGCUUACGUCCCGAUUGUCCCUAGAAUAAUUGGCUAUUUAUUUAGUUUUUUUGUACCCACAUAUUUACAUACAAAAAGUUUCAUUGUUUAUUUAUAUUUGUUUAAUAAAUAUAAACCAGUA